GUAAAUGACUGUCUCCACUGAUUCAGUUCUUGAUGUGCCUAUAAGUGCACCAGUGUACUGCGAGCAUAACGUUUACUCUGUAAAACUUUCGUAGCGGUCGGCUACUACCGCUGGAGCAGGACGUUUCUAUUCCUAAAUCGGAAAGUGUGGAGAAUACAAUUCUGGAGUUUAAAAAUACAAUGCUCGUUUAUUUCCUCUGUGUUCCAACUUUGGGGGAACUGGAAUUGGAUUGACAGGUUGGCGUUCCAUUUGGACGGCGGUGUCUGCUGCCCCAGUGAGCGCAACCUUUAGUGAGAUUUUAUAGUGACUAUGUCGGUGAUGAUGGCUCUAUGUUGCAUGUCAGCGGAAGAAAGGGAGAAUCACAGAAUUAAUCUGGAGAUUGAGAAGCAAUUGAAACGGGACAAGAGAGACUCUCGCUUCGAGGUCAAACUGCUGCUAUUAGGUACUGGAGAGAGUGGGAAGAGCACCUUCAUCAAGCAAAUGAGAUUAAUCCAUGGCGCUGGCUACUCAGAGGAGGAAAAGCAAAGCUUCACCAAGCUGGUUUACCAGAACAUCUUUACUGCCAUGCAGUCAAUGAUCCGCGCCAUGCAGACCCUCAACAUCCCCUACUCGGAGGCUCAGAAUGAGGACUAUGCCAUAAUGUUGAGUGAGAUGGAGGUGGACAUGGUGAAUGAUCUAGAGACAAGUCAUGUGGAAGCCAUCAGGAGCCUGUGGAGAGACCGUGGUGUGCAGGAGUGUUACCAGCGCCGUAGGGAGUACCAGCUGUCUGACUCCACCAAAUAUUAUCUGAGUGACUUAAACCGAAUCGCAGAUCCCUCCUACAUUCCCACCCAGCAGGACAUCCUGAGGGUCCGAGUGCCCACCACCGGCAUCAUCGAGUACCCGUUCGACAUGGACAAUGUCAUCUUCAGAAUGGUGGAUGUGGGGGGCCAGAGGUCAGAGAGGAGGAAGUGGAUCCACUGCUUUGAGAACGUCACGUCCAUCAUCUUUUUGGUGGCGCUCAGCGAGUAUGACCAGGUGUUGGCUGAAUGUGACGAGAAUCGUAUGGAGGAGAGCAAAGCCCUCUUCAAGACCAUCAUCACAUGUUCCUGGUUUCAGGACUCUUCCGUCAUCCUUUUCCUCAACAAGACCGACCUCUUAGAGGAGAAAAUCAGACAUUCCCACCUUGUAAACUACUUCCCAGAAUACACUGAUUUUGGUUUCUGGAGCGUUCAGUGUAGGCUACACGAACCCAAAAAAGCUUGUCAUUGGCCUUCACUUCACACACCUUCAAGGAAGCACAUGCCUAUGAACGUCCCAGCCUUCUAUGUUUUACUUGCAAGCAUGGCACUGAGGAGUGUCAGACCGGACACUGCCAGAGACUUUUUUUUAACGUUAACUGAUGGGCCAAAGAAUGACCCUGAAGCAGCCAGAGAGUUCAUCCUCAAGAUGUACCAGGAUCAGAACACAGACAGAGAGGAGACUCUUUAUUCCCACUUUACCUGUGCCACAGACACAGAGAACAUCCGCUUUGUCUUUGCUGCUGUAAGAGACACCAUUAUCAAACACCACCUAAAGGAGUUCAGCAUUGUUUAGAGGAGAUCUAGGGCUCCAGUCAGUAAGACAUAUAUAGCAUGGUCACAGAUCUGUAGCAUGUACUCCAUGUUAAACUAUGUAACACUGAAUAAAACUAGCUUUGAAACAAACUAUUUCUAGUUUACUCGAAAUCAUGCUGGGACACGCCAUUUUCCAAUAAAAAAACAAAGUUGGGAACACCUGCUCUAAGUCAUGGUACAUAGACAUGAGUUGGUUAAAAGGCUCCAUCAUUAUUGGACUCAAGUUAUAAAUGCCACAUUCACCUAUA